AACAUAAUGGUUAUGCUUUCAGAAAUUGAUGUCAUAAUAUGCCAAUUGGACGAUCGCUGUUAAGACUUAUGUGAAACAAAAGGUGAUGGACGAGGUUGAUGACGAUGAUGUGCCCCUAGUUUUCAGGCGCAGUAGCACCACUUCAAAGCAAAAUCAUUUGCACUCGGAAACAACGAAGUCAUCAUCUCAAAGGCAUGAUGUACAGUUAAAGAAGCAGGUCUCUGAAGUCCGUUCUUCCAAUGGUCUGAACUCCAUUUCCCAGAAGGGUAUGCCAGUUCUAUCUAGCAAGGCAUCAAUAGUGAAAUCUCAUGCAGCAAGCCCAAAAGAGUCGACUUCAUCUGCCAAGGGGUCAGCAGUAAAAUCUUCUUUACCAAGCCCAAAAACCUCAGUUUCAUCUGCUAAGGCAUCUCUCGUGAAGAAGCCAGUGGCUGAUUUAAAAGUGUCAACUUUGGUAGCUGAUCAGUCAAACCAUAUGUCGCAACAAAAUACAUCAUCUGCUAUAACGAAGGAGAAGCAGAUGAUUAAUUGUUCUGGAGAACCACAUAGUGAUUCUGAGGAUUUAGAAGAUAAUAAGCCACUGAGUGCUAGACUCUCUGCUGGAUUACCAAAGGUAUGUCCAAACAAUACCAACAAAGAGCCAAACACUUCUACUCUGGGUUCACCACCACUUGAAACACCAAGAGUCAAAGGUGAAGACUCGGAUGAUGAAAUUCCUUUGUCCUCAAAAUAUAAGUUCAAGUCAAAUGCAGGACCAUCUGGAAGCAAGUCCCAUGUGUUUGAUGAAAAUAAACCUGUGGCACCAAAACUUAAGCAAAAUGGUUCUACCAUGAUAGACAACCAAGUUAAAAAAUCUUCUACCUUGUUGAACAAGAGAUCUGUAGCUGAGGCUAAGUCUUUAAGUCAGCCUUCAAAUAAAAGGCCAAAGCUUGUCAAUGGGUCUUCUCCUACCUCAGAGAAAGUGUCUGUGAAAGCAGAAUCAAAGUUAGAUGAGGAUCGUAUCGAUUAUGUCCCUAUUUCCGAGAGGUUGCAGAUGGCACUUUUAUCAGGCAAGAAAUCUUUAAGUCAGUCUUCAGUUAAAAGGCCAAAGCUUGCUGAUGGAUCUCCUCCAAUCGUUGGUAAGCAAGUAUCCAUCAAAGCAGAACCAAAGGUAGAUGAGAAUGGUACUGGUUAUGUUCCUAUUUCCGAGAGGUUGCAGAUGGCAAUUUUAUCAGGCAGGAAAUCUUUAAGUCAGUCUUCAGUUAAAAGGCCAAAGCUUGUUGAUGGAUCUGCUCCAAUCGUUGAUAAGCAAGUAUCCAUUAAAGCAGAAUCAGAGGUAGAUGAGGAUGAUGAUGAUUAUGUUCCCAUUUCCGAGAGAUUGAAGAAGGCAAAUGUAUCAGGUACAAAAUCGGCAUCUGUAAAACAGAAGGUGACAAAAGUUGUUUCGACUUCGUUCAAAAAGAGUACCAAGUCCAAGAAAGUUGUGAAAAAAUCAGCACACUCCAAGUCGUCAAAGGUGCCCCCUGGCUCUGGUGAAGGGCAAAAAUGGACUACCUUUGUUCACAAUGGUGUCAUUUUCCCACCUCCAUACAAGCCUCAUGGGGUUAAGAUGCUCUACAAGGGCCAACCAGUUAAUUUGACUCCCGAACAAGAGGAGGUUGCAACUAUGUUUGCAGUGAUGUUAGAUACAGAAUACAUGACCAAAUCUAAAUUCAAAGAGAAUUUUAUGAGUGACUGGAAGAAAAUUCUCGGGAAAAAUCAUGUAAUUCAGAGGUUGGAAGAUUGUGAUUUCACCCCGAUAUAUGACUGGCAUCAGAAGGAAAAGGAGAAGAAGAAGCAAAUGAGUGCAGAAGAGAAGAAGGCCUUGAGAGAAGAAAAAAUGCAACAAGAGGAGAAGUACAUGUGGGCUAUCGUUGAUGGUGUCAAAGAGAAGGUUGGGAACUUCAGAGUCGAACCGCCUGGGUUGUUUCGAGGCCGUGGAGAGCACCCGAAGAUGGGUAAGCUGAAAAAACGCAUUCGGCCUAGGGACAUUACUAUAAAUAUAGGAAAAGAUGCCCCAAUUCCAGAAUGCCCUAUGCCUGGUGAAAGAUGGAAAGAAAUAAGGCACGACAACACGGUUACAUGGCUUGCUUUUUGGAUUGAUCCAAUCAAUUCAAAGGAAUUUAAGUACGUGUUCUUGGCACCUAGCAGUUCCUUGAAAGGGCAAAGUGACAAAGAGAAAUAUGAGAAAGCAAGGCUUUUGAAGGAUUACAUACAAGGCAUCAGAUCAGCCUAUAAAAAAGAUUUUGCAAGUAAGGAUAUCACAAAACGGCAAAUAGCUGUUGCUACCUAUCUUAUUGAUAAACUAGCUCUAAGGGCAGGCAAUGAGAAGGAUGAUGAAGAAGCUGAUACUGUUGGUUGCUGCACAUUGAAAGUGGGAAAUGUAGAACCAAUGCCUCCAGACACUUUGAAGUUUGACUUCCUGGGUAAAGAUUCAAUAAGAUACCAGAAUGAGGUUAAAGUUGAACUUCCUGUGUUUAAGGCAAUUCAGCAGUUCAGAACUGGAAAAAGUGGUGGUGAUGAUCUAUUUGACAAGCUGGAUACGGGUAAAUUGAAUGCUCAUCUGAAGGAACUCAUGCCUGGCCUCACAGCAAAAGUUUUCCGCACAUAUAAUGCAUCUAUCACAUUGGAUGAGAUGUUGAGUAAGGAAACAAAGGAUGGAGAUUUAGCUGAGAAAGUUGUAGUUUACCAGCACGCGAACAAGGAGGUUGCUAUAAUUUGUAAUCAUCAACGUACUGUCUCAAAGUCCCACUCUGCACAAAUGUCAAGGUUGAAUGAGAAGAUCGAUGAAUUAAAGGGCAUUUUGGAUGAGCUUGAAACAGAUUUAGCCAGAGCAAAGAAAGGGAAGCCCCCAUUGAAGACUUCUGAUGGGAAGUCAAAGAAGAACCUGAACCCUGAAGUUUUGGAGAGGAAGAUCGUUCAAACCAAUGCAAGGAUCGCGAAAAUGGAGCGGGAUAAGGAGACCAAAGAAGAUUUGAAAACCGUGGCAUUGGGAACGUCCAAGAUCAACUACCUUGAUCCUAGGAUCACAGUUGCUUGGUGCAAGCGACAUGAAGUUCCAAUUGAGAAGAUUUUCAACAAGUCUCUUUUGGAAAAGUUCACUUGGGCAAUGGAAGUUGAUCCCAACUUCAGAUUCUGAGGUUUCAGUUAUUGUAGCACAUUGUACUUCCCCAUGUUGAACCUUCUAACCCGCUUUAAUCCCUUUGUCUACAUCCCCCUGAGAAUUAUUCCAAUUUUUCGAUAUAAUUCCAGCGGAGAGUUGUUGUUGUAUUCAACCUUUUCAUCAAAUUUUGGGGUGAGUUUUCCCCUUAAAAAAGUCUACCAACGGCGCUAAGAGCUGCCAUUAGAAUUGUUUCGCAAGAGACUUGCAGAUGUUUCAUUUAUUUACUGACAUUUAGGUUGUUCUGAAUACAGAAUCCAGUUGAUUUUUUAUUUGUACUUUGAUUUUCAUCCA